UGCCAAUAAAGUUCACUUAAAAAAUCGUAGUCAUUCUUAAGAGAGAGAAAAAGGCCGCGAUCCAGGCGGGCGGCCCCGCCAGGAGGUGGCGGAGACGGCGGCGGUGGCGAUUGCGCCGCGGCCAGGAGGAGCCGGCGGCGCCUGGCGGCGGGUCCGCGGCCGGCUGGGGACGAUUUAAGAGGGAAGAUCUGAUCACCUGGAAUUAAAUUUGGUACAGAAACCUUUUCAACUCCAAAAAUGUUGGAGGAAGAUAUGGAAGUGGCCAUCAAGAUGGUGGUUGUAGGGAACGGAGCAGUUGGAAAAUCAAGUAUGAUUCAGCGAUACUGCAAAGGCAUUUUUACAAAAGACUACAAGAAAACCAUCGGAGUUGAUUUUUUGGAGCGACAAAUCCAAGUUAAUGAUGAAGAUGUCAGACUAAUGUUAUGGGAUACGGCAGGUCAAGAGGAAUUUGAUGCAAUAACAAAGGCCUACUAUCGAGGAGCCCAGGCUUGUGUGCUUGUAUUUUCUACCACAGACAGGGAAUCUUUUGAAGCAAUUUCCAGUUGGAGAGAGAAAGUAGUAGCUGAAGUUGGAGACAUACCAACUGUACUUGUACAAAAUAAGAUUGAUCUCUUGGAUGAUUCUUGUAUAAAGAAUGAGGAAGCUGAGGCACUGGCAAAAAAGUUAAAGCUAAGAUUCUACAGAACGUCAGUGAAAGAAGAUCUAAAUGUGAAUGAAGUUUUUAAAUAUUUGGCUGAAAAGUAUCUUCAAAAACUCAAACAAAUAGCUGAGGAUCCAGAAUUAAUGCAUUCAAGUAGUAACAAAAUUGGUGUCUUUAAUACAUCUGGUGGAAGUCACACGUCGGGUCAAAAUUCAAGUACUCUUAAUGGUGGAGAUGUCAUCAAUCUUAGACCCAACAAACAGAGGACCAAGAAAAACAGAAAUCCUUUUAGCAGCUGUAGCAUACCCUAAAAUAUUUUAGGGAGAAAAAUAAUUGAAUUAUAUUGUGCAGUUCAGUAAUAAAUACAUCCAGCUGCUGUGGUAUGUUACAAGUUUUUAAGCAGAUUUUGCACCUAAUGACUCUCUGAAAGUUGACAGACUUAAAUAUUGUUCUGCAGUGCUUUUCAGAAUGGAGUGAGAUCUUUGGUGGAAAAAUGACUGCCCUGUGGACUCAUUUUAAUUUUUUUACAUUAGACGAAGUUUCUCCUGUUUUUGAAAGAAUGCUAAAAAAAUGUCAAAAACAGGUUUUGCUGAAUUUUAAAUGCUGGAAAACAUAAAUGAAAUGCCUAAAUAUAUUGGUACAGAUUUUGAUAUUAUGGAUCAAGGGAAAAUAGCAAGCCUUCUUUUUCUGAAAUUGGUCACAUAGCUUUUCUGGAAAGUAGCAUUGAAUCCAAAUAUUACAAAAAAAUAAUAUUGAAAGGUAAAUGUUAAAUUUCGCCAGACUACAUUAGUGUGUAUUUUGGCAGUGUUACUUGUGCAAUAUCUGUAUAAUGCAGAGUGUGGAGGUACGCAUGCAGCGAUCUGGUACUGAUGUAUAUGCAGUAUUUAAGGAAAUAUGGACUCUAAUUCCUUCAUUCAUAAAACCAUUUACACAUUGUAUGUUAAAAGUUUUUGUUUUCAAAUAAGAAAUCCCAGACAUGUAUUUUGCAAAAGGAGCUCAGAUUUAAGAAGUGCUUUGUGCCAAAAAUCUCAUAUCUAAUUUUUACAGUGCUUUACUAUCAAAAUUUAUGUUUAUAGUGUCUCUUAAAAGCAGUUUUCCUUCCUGGACAGGGUAGAUAAAAGAAGACUACAGUUGUUUUAAUGCUAGCGCAUCUCCCAGAUGAGACAGUUGCUUAUCUUUUUCAUCUGUCUACCCAUAAGCACGGUAAGCCUACGCUGGACACUCCUUGAGGUUCACAGCACAUGUGCAGCUAUUCCUUCAGUCCUGGGAAGUGCAGUGGUGUAUCUAGUACCUUUUGCUGCUGACUGAAAAUGCAAUUUUGAACUUUUUGGAUCAUGCUAACAAUUUUUUUAAAUGCACAAGAGAUGAUCUUUUGUCUUAAUCCACAUUAUUGAUUUUAUAAUGCCCUGCAACUCUAAAACAUCUUUUUGUCUAUACAUUUUUGUAUGGUAUUUUAAGAUUAUCACUUAACAAUUUCUAUAACCUUCGGUUUUUAUAGCACUUUCUCAAGAGCUCUGUCAGCACCAAAUACAGAAUACUUUAAGAAAUGAUUUUAAUAUGUAAUCACAUAGCAGAGCAUAAAUUUUGUGACUUGGGAUAGUAGCUUUCCAACUAAGAUAAUUGCAUGAACCCUGUUAAUAAGUGAUACCAUUCAUCAAUGACUUUUUUUUUAACCCCUUGGAAUAUACCUGGUUUUUACAGGAUUUCAAAAUAUGUAAAAAUAAUUUUUCUUGAAGAAUGUGUCAGUCAUUUUUCAUUAUUUGUACUACUUUCAUCCCCCCAUCCAGAUUAAUAUUGAGGACAGAACAGAAUUUUCUGGGACAUGUUUUGUGAAGUGGUCAAGAGCUGACUGUUUUCUUUUCAUAAUAUUGAAAUAAUUGGGCAUUAUCUAUUUCAAAGUAAUAUAAAAUGUUUAUUUUUGUAUCACCAGUUGUCACCACUCCCAUUGCUGGCAGUGGAAUAGUUGCUGGGCACACAACUCAGUUCCUAAGAAUAUACCUGCUAGUCGUUCAUCUUUUCUACACUCUUGAAAUACAGGCUCUUUAAUUUUUGCACAAAAUAUGUUUUGCAACAAAUCGUCUUAAUAGUCUUUAGUAGCAGAAUAAAAUCAUUUUGUGUAAUGAUGUUGUAGUUCUGUUUCGUAUUAGUUAGAUGUGGGUUAAAGUUUGUUACUUCACUAUAUAAAAAAUGUAAUCUCUGCUGAUGGUUGCAGUUCCCAAUAUUUGUGAUAUGAUUUUAUGUACUUCUGUCCUUUUUUUCUUUUACGUGAUCUUUGUUACACAUGUGAAUUUUUAAUUUGCACUCCUGUAUUUUAAUCCUAACCAUAAUUAGUCAUUUUAAAUAAUUAAGUAGACCUGGAAAUCAGUCAUAAGUGGUAUGUUAAAUGCUUUCUCAACUAAUCCUAAAAUCUUCAAAAUUGACUGUUUUUCUUCCCUUGCAACGCUUAACUUUUAAAUAAGUUUAUUAUUAGUUUCUAAUGAAUCAUGCAUGGAUGCUAAAGAAAAACAGUAUAAAAUUCCAGGAUGUUGCGUGUUUGUGCUGUAAGGCGCUUUUCCCCAUUAUGGCCAGUCGUUAGCAGACAGCCAGAGCUGGACAGCUGCCUUUUUCCAGAGUUCCUCAGGUUUCUGUUCCUUUCAGUCCAUCUGCCUAGUUAAAUAGUAUGCAGACCAGCCCACAUAGGCAAUAUAGUUAAGUAAAACCAGGCUAAAUGGUUUCCUUUUUAUCUGUCCAAAGUUGAGAGCACCAUAUACUUUUUCAAAAUAAAGUAAAACUAAUACUACCAAAAAGAGGAUGAAGACCUUUCCUUAUUGUGGAAUGAAGUUAGAGGACUGUUUCAGAAGUUUGCAAGGCAGUGCUGAGAAACAACUCUCUCCUUCACAUGUACUCCAUGGUGCCUCUGGCUUUUGGGGAUCUUCUCUGAAGAUCUUAGAGCGGGGAAUUGGCUUUAGCACCUAAUGUCCCAACUUAAACUACUUUAAUAUAAAAUGUUAAUUGUUGGCAUCCUCUUCAAAACCUUUCACGUAGUUACUGGUAACUUGCUGAAGUGCCACUAUCACUGUUAUCGUUAGGGUUUCUGUUCUCUGAUAACAAAUGGCCUGCUGGGAUGAAAGUGAGUCCCACCCACACUGCAUUCAUCCAGUGAACAGGUAGAUUCAUUCAGUUUUAACUAUUAGUUAUGAAUAUCAUGUGUACUAUUGUCACUAUUCAGAUUUUUACCCUAAAACAUAUAAGCCUUUCAUACAAGUGAAUUUAUUUGCUAGCAGAAAAAAGGACUCUGAAAUACCCAAUCACCAAACUCCCAGGUAACUGGAUGAUUUGACUGUAAUAACCUCUGUCAGGCAGUGCUUCUUUCCUUCUCUCUCUCGAAAUAUCUAUAGUGGGAUGUUGGUAAAUGGUCUUUUAAAAAAAAUUAAAACUUUGGAUUAAAAGGAAAACUGAACUUUAUUUUUGGUAGUACCAAAUAAUGCUUUUGUAAAUUUGAAUGGAAAACCACUUGUAUGUAUUGCUAUUGGGUUGCAAUUAUGAGCUUAAAAUAUACUACUAAAUAAAAAUUUCAUGAAAGAUGAAUUCCAGUAAUCAAAAAAUAAAUGCAUUUCAACUACAA